CAUUCAACAAAAUGAUGAUGAUGAUGACGAUGAAAAAAAUGAUAAUUUUCCCUGAGAAAUAUGAAUCGAUUUCAUAGUAAAUGUUGUUGACGUUUUCAAGUAGAAAAAUGAUAAUGAUGAUGAUGAAGAUGAAAAUAAAAAAAUUUUCCCGAUGAAUACGGUGAUAUUGAUGAAUGAACAAAUAAAGAAAUUUUUUAAAAAAAACUUUAAAAAUAAUACAAAUAAUGUCCACGACGUUUAUGUUUUUUUUUUUCGUUCCUAAAUGGCCACGAAGUUGUUGUUGUCGAAGUUUUUUUCUCUCUUUAUUAUUAUUAUAUACUCACCAAAAAAAAGCUCGAUUUGUUCGAUGAUGAUUUCAACUUUAUUGUUCACAAUACCACCACUACGACGAUGACGACGACGACGACGAUCCUGAAUAAUACCAUUCAUGUACGAACAAACAAACGAAUGAACGUAACAACCAACCACCUUUUUUACACCAAAGAUCCUUAAAGCGUGAAAAAAAGCAGCUGAAAUCAACUUGUUUGAUGACGAUUGAAUACACUGAUCACAAACAACAAGUAUUUUUUUUUGGCAUUUUUGGCCCACUCUAUCGUUCGUUGAUGUUUGUUUGUAUGGAUCGUUGCCAGCCAUUAAUGGCAAUAUUCCAGAGAUUUUUUCUUUCCUUUACCAUCAAAUCCAAAUGAUGAUCCAUCAGCAAAAAAAAUUGAUCAAAUUUAAAAUUUUACAAUUGAUUCCUGAUUGUGUUCCAAGAUGGCGCUCUUCUUACAUAAACAAUCUCAUUUGGUAUUUCUUGUUUAUUUUCUGUUUGAUUGUUUCGGACAUUCGAAAGAGCAUUGUGGAUCAUGAAGAUUCUGGUUCCAUUAAUUCAAGAUAACGUGGAUUUUUGUCAAUUAAUCAUAUGUCAAAGCUGAAUUUUUUUUCUGGAUUCAUUCAAAUUGGAUACCGUUGAAAUACCCAGAGUUUGAUCACUGUCUAUCUAUCACUCACUCUCAUUUGAUCAUUUAUAUUGCGUCUUUAUUUUUUAUUUGUUAUUGUUUCUGUCAAAUCAUCCAUUGUCUAAAAUCAUUUUUUUUGUUUUGUUUAUUGUCUCCAUUUUCGUACAUCUUUAUGUGCGUGUUUAUAUAAAAAGAGUUUCAAACAACGAACCAAAAAUAUUUUCAUCUUUCUCUCUUCAGAUAAAAAUUAGCGCCUAAUUCUCUCAUCAAACAUCUGAAAUAAAAAACAUAAAUGAUGCCUGGUGAUAAUGAUAAAAAAAUUGAACGGCAGCCACAAAAUUCACCAAGAACAUCGAAUAAUGAAAUUUUUUUCCUUGAAACGAAUGAUGAUGAACCAUCAUCAUCAUCAUCAUCAUCGAUGAAAUCAACUGUUAAACGUGAAAAUGGUUUCCUAAAUGAUGAAGGCGAAUUUCAUAAAGAAUUCCAUGAUGCUGAUGAUAAUGGUGGUGGUGGUGGUGGCCAUCAUCAUGAUGAUAAUAAACGACAACGUCCGGAGCCAUCAUCAUCAUCAACACAAUCGUCAUCGACUACUGCUAAUAGUCCCAGUGGUUCCGGUUCAAAUACAAUGCCAAUAUUUGGUAUUACACCACCGAAUUUUGUUUCAUUUGAAGAGAUUAUGAAAACAGCUAAUGAAAUGAGCCGUAUGGCAUUGGUCAAUGAAAUUGUAUUUAAUCAGGAUUUUAAAUUGGAACGUAAAGAAGAUUCAUCAUCAUUAUCAAAACUUGAAUCUACUGUACGUGAAACAAUGAAAAAAGCAUUCUGGGAUAUAUUGGAAGAACAAUUGGCAGAACAGCCCCCAAAUUAUAAACAGGCUAUAUCAUUAUUGAAUGAAAUAAAGGAAACAUUACUGUUAUUUCUAAUGCCACAACAUGUACAGCUUAAGAAUGAAAUCAAUGAAAUAUUGGAUAUUGAUUUGAUCAAACAAAAAGUUGAUAAUGGUAUUGCUGAUUUUCAACGUUAUGCACAAUAUAUAUUGUCUGUAUGUUCAAGACUUUGUUGUCCGGCACGUGAUGAAAUGAUUAAGAAUUUGACCGAAAUCAAGGAUAUGAUACCAUUGUUUAAAGGAAUAUUUGAACUUCUUGAAGUGAUGCGUUUAGAUUUUGCAAAUUUUUACAUACAACAAUUCCGUCCACAUAUACAGCUUGCAUCUGUUGAAUAUGAACGUGGUAAAUUUAAAAAUUUAAUCGAAGCACAUCAAAAAUAUCAAAUCGAUGUACUCGAAUUUACCACCAAAUGGAUUCGUAGAAAUUAUGAAUGUCUUGAUCUAUCCAAUGAAAUGGAUAUGAAACAUUUAUUUAAUAAAGUAUUGAUUGCAUCAUAUAUUGAUCUACUUCGAUGUUUGAAUCCAUCAUUCAAUUGUUAUAUGAUUAAAAAUGAACAGAAAAAUGAAUCAUUAUUAGAAGAUGAUUAUCCAGAAACAUUGUUAUUGAUUCGUAAUCGUAUUGAUUCGGUUCUUGAAAAAAUUUUCAAAGUAACAUUCAUUAGUAGUGUUUUUGUCGUUACAUUUGCCGCCAUUGGUGAACCAUUACAAUCUAUUAAAGAUUUUCGAAUGAAAUUGAAAAAAGAAUUGGAAGCCAUAACAUCGAAUGAUGAACAACAAAAAAUUCCAUUACAAUAUCUAAAAUUGGAUGAUGUAAAAUCGAUGCUUACAUCGAUAGCCACACAAGUACGAACAUCGAUUGAAAAAGCAUUGAUUGAUUAUAAAGCACCACAAUCAUUGAGUGGAGAGAAAUUAGAUUCACUUAAUUAUCAGAUCAAUGAAUUAUCUACACCCGGUAAUCGUAUUCGUUCUGUUAUGGAAAGACGUAUAUUGGAAUUUAUUGAACGUGUCAUUCAAUCACCACCAUCACAAACUGCCGCACCGAUACAGGUACCAAGUGGUCUAAGCACAUUCGCCAACGAAUUGAUACAGAUUGCAAGUGAAUUUACACGUCUUGUUUCGUAUAAUCGUGCCGUUUAUUCACCUUAUUAUACAAAAAUCAUUGCCAACAUUGCCGGACAAACACAUUAUAUUCCGCAGAAUGAAUUAAAAUCAAUUGAAAAAUCAUUCUAUGGCUAGUCUUAAUCGUCAUUUACUACUAUUAUUCUCUAACACAUAUUAUACUUUUGUUUAUCAUUUAUUUCAAAAUAAAAAUUUUCUUUUAAUGAUA